AUGACGAAUUGCAAUAAACGUCUAAACGACAACGAAGAACUCUUGUAUAUUUCUUCUUGUGGGAAAAGCGUGCAUUUUGAAAGGUCCAAGACACUGUUCGAGGAAAUCCGUGCCUCUCUUAAUAACAACGAUGAAGAGGAUCACUGCUUUUGGAGGCCUGUGCUCCCAUGGGGUGUCCGCUUCCAGGAGCUGCCUCAGACGAACAUCAACAUCUGCCCUCCCAAUGAGCUGCCCCAGGGGGACCCAAUACAGUCAGCGGUGGAUGAGUUUUUCUUUUCCAAAUAUCUUCUCUGCACUGAGCUGGGAUGUAGCGGCCUAAGGGAGUAUUCUCAAAGAGUGUUCUGCCAUGGACCUCCACCAUUUGUCAUUUUUAACAUGCAGAAGUGGAAGUCAGAGGACUUGUCACAUGUUCCUUACAACCUUGACCUCAGUCAGCAGAGGUAUUAUUUGGAGGGCGCCACUCUCUUCAACAAAGUUGAGCAUCACUACUCGGCAGCAUUUCAAAUUGAUGGCUACUGGUUGCACUACGAUGGUUUAAGGAGUGAUAAUCUCAUCCUGCUCCACAAGCCACCAGAGUUUCUACUAUUAUCCUCACUGGUUUAUGUCCGCUCCAAAUGA